GUGCUAAUCAGCCGAAGGACUUUAAAUAACACCGCACAUUCCGCUGUUUGUGCUGGAGCGUAAACGGAAGAGUCACAAGCGGAAGUGUAAGGAAAAGAACCUCAUUUUGUCCUAUUUUAGUUAGGUUGGGACGUGGGUGUUUAAAGUACCGGUAACUAACGGAUGCAUUUAUUAUAAAGCCCGCAGAAUUUAUGCUACCUUCUUGCGUAGAACAGCUGUUCUGAAAAAAAUAUGAUUUGUAAACUAAAGCUUCACUCCUAAGGAUUCUACUGAAAAAAAUUGAGGGCGUUACAUGCAUUAGAAGACCUAGAACCACUUUUUAAAUUUUCUACACAUUUUACGGUCUGUUGGAAAGUCGGAGAAAAUUACAGACAAACAUAUGGAAAAUCUAAAGCAAGCCUCUGGAGAAAUUUGAGCACAGGUACGCCUCCAAAAUUUCUUAGGACAAUCCUUUGCUUUGUAGCUUUAGUGUACAAUUGAUAUUUCUUUCAGAACAGCCGUUCUACGGAAAUUAUUCGACAUUAGAUUCUCAUACAAACACUGUAAUUUAUCACACGUUUGCCUACUCGUCAAGAUGGCGUCGAAAACCGUGACAACGUCUAUUUCUAGUUAAUUUCUUUUUUACCUUUCUUUGACCCGCUUGCGCCAACCAAUAAUUCACUUCCUUUCAAUCGCAAAGGGGAUUCUAUAAGGGGCUUCUUACCUGGAGAGCGUACAACUAAGGGAAGAUCAUCUCUUGACAAAACCAAAUAAUGAAUUGUCAUUUUGUGAAAGAAAAAAGAAUGUAGAGUACAUACCUUUUUUAGCUCAGGCGGACUGGCCCAGGAUUGAACCUUCCUAUUCAAAAAAUAAAAUAUAAUGGGUUGACUGGCCACCACGAGUUUUACCUCGUAGUUUGAGGAAACUGAGAAUGAGCUGAGUGGGAACCAUGUCGCAUACUAAUAUUCAAACAAAUCUUAACUAUUUUCGCGAUGGUAAUUUCUUUAUGUCCCGUGUUGAAAGGGUUUCAGUCUGAACAACGUUGUCACGGUUUUUUUAAAGUUUUUCCCGUUCUCAUUCUUAAUAGUUUCUGAAACUAGAGAAAGAGAAAGAAAGUAUUUAGGAUAAGCAUUAUAUUAACUUGACUAGAGCGUCAACCCAGAGGGGAUCGACGCUCCCACCAUGCAUAUGUGGAUGUGUGCCGAUAUAUAUUGCGAACGCCUAAUAAAAUGUUAUAGAGAAAGUAGAUAAAACUCUUAUGAGUUCUCUAUCACUCUCAUCAAUUUUGUGUAGCUUUGCUGAUCAAGUUUUUAUCGGUCCCCCUUGGCAGUUCACGCAAUCAUCUCCCCAAUAGUCAUCCCAUACGACUUACUUUCCAAAACGGCUGUUCUACCUUUCUGAUUCCCCCUACUUUAAAACAAAAUAGGCUUUUGCAGUCACGCCACGUUAACUUACUUAUUCGGCUUUUCAAUUAAGAGCAGCUAAUUCAGAAAGGUUAUCAAUUCCGUUUCAGCAAAGACAUCAGUACUGAAGCUUUAACUACGAUCUGGAAGUUCCAGUACCGAACAUACUUGCUUAUAAAACCAGGCUGGUCGGCAAUGAUGGAGAAAGGGUUUACAUGUCUUGUUGAGAUCACUGCUGUUCUCAGCGUGCUAGGACUCGCAUUUCAAGUCCAAGGAGGUGCUAUGAUCGGUGAGGGGAAUUUAGUAUUCUGUACUCUAAGUUUUGCGUGAUAAUGAUCAACUGUUAUGGCGUCAACGACGAGAGUCAAUUAAUGACGUCUGAUUUGCACCUUUUCGUUAAUUGAAUCGACGUUGAGCUGGUCUCCAAUGCUGGUGAUAAAGUUUUGAGAAAUUUCAUAUUGCCCAGCACGGUCGUAAUCAAACCGGCAGGGAGGCAAUUCAUGACCAUAAAGUAGAAUAAAAAAAAUGACUGCUGUAUAUUAUUAUCAAGUCACUUAAACAGUUGUUGAAGUCUCUGAAGCCAGCAAAGUCUACCAACUGUCGACCCUGUCGUAGACUACGAGUAGUCCCCAUUUUUCCUCAGGGAUAGUAGAGCGAGCGAAACACGAGCGCGCGUGAAAAUCACCCAAACGAGAAAAGGCGACACGCGACGGGGAGAGAGAAAAAUGAUCCCUAACCCUGUCGAGAUACCUAAAAUAUAGUACCAAAUAUAUACAACACAGUUUUGUUUAUACUUGUUUAAGGAGAAUAAUAUCAUAUAUAAAGUUUUAAUUUUUUAAAAAAGUAUUUUUCCUUUAAGGUCAGACGCGUAUUUAUAUGGCUGUUCCCAGUAGACAUUUGAUGCGACAUCAAAAUAUGAGUUUAACUUUUAGAAUAUCGAGCAGAAGCGCGUGCAGAAAUAACGAAAGAGAUUUUCUUUCCCGAUUGAAAGAUAAUGUUUCAGUAAUCGCUUUCUUUCAUAUUAAUCACUGAAACGUGGGAUAAUUUCUUUUUCUCUCAAGAUCAGACGCUCCUCUACGGCUGUUCCCGGUACACAUUUUAUGCUGAAUCUCAACAAGAGUCAGUCAAUUUUUUUAAGAGCAGAGGCAUGUGCAAAGUCAAUGAAAGUGAUCUUGUUUCUAUUGAAAGUAACGAGGAGUGGAACUUUCUGAAAGACACUAUAAACAAAUUUCCAGGAAAAGGAACUGAAUACUACAUUGGUUUAACCAAAGACAAAGACGGAAGUUGGACGUGGAUAAGUAAUAACAGCACAGUGAAUGAAUCCUAUUGGGCACCAGACGAACCCAAAAAUAAAAAUACUGAAAGAUGUGCUGUAAUGUACAAGGAUUAUAACGGGUACUAUGGUUUGUUUGAUGAUUUGUUGUGUGCAGCGAAAAGGCAUGGGUAUAUAUGUGAAAGUACAAGUGAGUAUCAUGUCAUGUGUUGAAUAUAAUAGCUAACAAACUACUGGUAUGGCUCUGAAACAAUACUCUGUGUCUUUACAGUGUUGUUAUACAGUUGGUGCAUUUCCUAUACGAAAACUUUAUUGUAUAAAUAUAAAAACAAUUAUUUCUUUGUAUUUUAUUAUCAAUUUGGUGUAAAUGUAUUUCGCCACGAUGACUUUGAGUUUAUCAUCUUUACGGUAAUUCUUAUUGUUCCUAACUAACCUUUUUCUAGUCGUGCCGAUACUUUGUACUCAGUUUUAUUCUGAAUAAAUAAAUCAUUGCUUUAAAUUCCGUUGUUUGAGGUACUAAUUACUAGCAAAAACUUUCUCCUUCGUAAUAUUGAGGUGCAUUCUCUUCUGAAUUGUUAUUAUGUUCAGGUCAUUCAUUGCUCACAACGUCACAUGAGGUGGGUGGCUUGACUCGUCUAACAGUGCAAUUUUCUUGCAGAGACAACCUGUAAGCCAACAACACCAAAGGAAAGCGACAAACCAACAUCUGCUACAGGGCCACAUUCUACAUCCCUUGCACGGAGUACAUCUACAAAGGACGGUUCAAAGGCAAUUGUUACGACAAAAUGUACGUGCAAUUUACUUUAACAUGUCUUCAUGUUUACCAUAUGAAGUACUACUAUUACUGCUAUUAACUGAAGUCUUUGAGGACAUUGUUUUACGUGCCUUUCGAUUCUGGAGACAUUCAUCACGAGUACGAAUGUAAGUAGACGUUUACAGGGCGAAGUCGGUCAGUCAAUUUUCGCCAAGAAUUACAUUGCUGCGGUUCUGAGGAAAACGCUGGAAACGUACACUGAGUUGGAUCAAGUUGCCUUUGUUGUGUAACCUGCAAAGGUGAAACAGAAUUUAGAAGAAUUCUUGUUCAGUUUAGCUUAACUUCCUGAUCCGGGAUGGGGUGAUUUAGAGGUUACUAGUUCUUUUGUCUUUUUUUUUUUCAGCGGUUCUGGGGAAACGCUGCAACGGCAAUUUUUGAAAAAUUCUGUUCAGACGAUUUGAGUUGAAUUUUCGGAGCAUUUGUUGUAAAACUUGCUUGCCUGCCAAGGAAACAGAAUUUAAAAGUAAAAUUACCCAUUUUGUUCGGAGUUUACCCUAAAAAGGCCACCAUUUUGGCUUUUUGGCUGAUUUUUGAAAACUUAAGUUUUGAUGGAUGGGUGAUUUAGAGGUCCGAACAGAUGAAAAGUUCAAAAAUUUUUACUGUUUUUUCGUUCAACAAUGCUAUUUUUUUUCAGCGGCAGUUAGUCCUGAGGAAGUCAUCGAUGAGUCUCCCGAUAUCACUAUAAUCAUCUUGAUUCUUCUAGCUGUUAUUAUACUGGCUCUUUUGAUUGUCUUUUUCAUCAUUUUUUAUCAUCGACGUCGCAGAAACAAAACGAAAGGUACUUUUAAUAAAUUUGUUUUUUUGUUCGUAGCAUUUUCAUUUUCAUUCUUAAACGACUUAAUGUCACUGCAACCAAACUAUACUUGUUCCCAAAAAGUAUGAUAUAAAAUUAAACUGAAUAGUUUUUUUAAUUAUGUCACGUAGCCAUGGUGCUGCGUCGAUGGUAGAAGGAACACAAGACAUUGGGAUUGAGUUCAUAAGAAGGGUAAAUUGACACAAGAUUAAUUUUUAAAAUUUGUUUUUGAUGAAAAUAAAAAAAACAGUCCUUUUGUUUAAGCAAAAUGCCAGUUUUAGUAUUCUCCUUUCUAAAUUCAGGACAUAUACUUACAGCAUACACAGUUGUUGUUGUUCCUUUUUUAACGAUAUCCUCUUCUUUUACACUUCUUUAAGUUCCGUCUCAGUCAGGACAACAGCCCAGUAACCGGAAAAAUUACCUGCAUAGCUCCACCAAACUUACAGUUCAUUUUAGCAUGUUACAAGCGCAGGAAGAAAAUAUUGCCAUUAAGACUGUUGGAGAAAACGACGAAGAGAACGCCUAUGCAGUUGUAAAUGAAAGUAAGCGAAAAUCCAAGUGUGACCAGGAAGGUCCAUCCAGCUCCGAAGGAGGAGUGCAGUCGCCUCCAAAUGAUGAUCACACCGCAGCACAUCAAUCAGCAUUGAAGCAGAACACGGAGAGGUGUGAUAAAGGUGACGAUCAAGAAGAGAAAAGGGACCACAUCUACGCCGAGGUGUUUGUUAAAGAGAGUAAAGCGGCCGUGUCUGGUAAAACAACAGCUUCUCGGGAGAGCCUGCACGUUACUUGCACAGAAGACGGUUCGAAUGUAGAUAAGGAUCCUGUGGAAAAUUUGAAUCCUUCAUCUUUGGAACAAGGACGGGAAAUGAACAGCAACGAGGCUACGAGUGAACAGGAUCCACUUUAUAGCAGAAUUGAGUCCAACGAUCACUUUUAUGAAGUUAUUGACAAAUCGAAAGAGAUGGCUACUAAGGUAGGUACUUUUAACAAUCCUAACUAGUCUUUUUCCUAUUUAUCGCUUAGCUGAUAUUUGCGAAUGAUCAUAUGUUCAACAUUGCCUUUUUUAAAGGAUGCUAAGGGACUUUUCAUACUCGUUAUUAUGUUUAACAAUAGUUACAUAGAAUCCGUUAUGAAGACCAUCGAUCAGACUCCCUCGCUAUAUGGUUUUGUGGACUUGACAGUGCACAACGUUCAAUCAGCAUUUCUAUCACGCAUUUUGAUCCGGUUACAAUGAAAACGUCCCAUUUAUUAAUUCAUUCACAUUUUGCCAGGAUUCUGCACCGUCAGAGAGCUUCCAAAAUAACCUACAGGAUCGUUGUCUUUUUUAAUUUUCUCUUUGUUUUUUUUUUGUUUUGUUUUUAUAUAUUUUUUUACUAUUUGUUUAUUUCUAUGCAGAAACCUCUCCCUUACCGCAGUGGCCACUCUAUGUAUGCAGACCUGAACAACUAAAACGGGAUGGUUCACUCCAACGGUUUACGCUGACAUCACUCAUUCCACUAAGAGUAAAAAUAUAAAGACUGGAUUGAAGCCAAGACAAUGUGAAAUGUAAAAUACACUUACAAUGAGUACUAUAAAUAAAAUUAUGGUGCUGUUUAGUAGGGCCAGUUAGAAAAACUGAAGAUUAGAACACUAAUUACAAGUAAUUAAGAAGCACGCUUGUUAAAAGAGUAAAGACUAGAU